UGCAAUCCUCCCUCGACGCUCGACAGUGUCCGGUCAUCGUCUACCAGCAAUCUCAUAGACCUGGUAAACGUCCAGUAACGCGCCAAAAUGCGUGAUAGAGGCGUCUUCAGCUUCAGAAGGGCUCUGCCCCGCAUGAGCUGGUCGCCGAAGAACUUGUAUAAUCUCUGGCGACGCACGAUGGGUCCCAGGUCCGACGACCUCCGUUUCCGAAUAACUGCAUCCACUACCCUCUUCCAACAACGCUGGAAGUCGAAAGCGCUCGUCCGAGCAUACCAUGGAGACUUUAUCCCUGAAAAAAUCUUCAAACGCUGGUACCUCCCUGAAACACUGCCUGACGUCCGUCCCCAGCGCUCGACGGCACCCGUAGGCGAUGACAAGGCUGCUCUCGCAGAGUAUGCUCGGAGGAAACAGAGGGAGAAGAGCUUCGACGAGGAGAUUGAGGAAAAGGGCAUGGCGCCUGUUGGAAGUUUGAUGUUCCAGGAGGUGGAGAGGAGGAUAGACGUGUUCCUUUUUAGGUGUUGCUUUGCGCAUAGUGUGUAUGAGGCAAGGCGGAUGGUCAUCCAUGGUGAUGUCCUGCUGAAUGGCAGAAAGCACACCAACGCCAACACCCGACUUGCUCCUGGAGACAUGGUCACCGUCAACCCUGACGCUAUCCGCUUCUUCAAAAAACUGCCCGGGGAAUACGAUGAUAUCGUCGGCAGGCUGCUCACUCCCAAGAAGCCCGCUAAGGACGCACCCGCAACUGCAACCAUCGAGGCCGCAGAGACCACCGAGGCUGCAGCAUCCACCGAGGGCACCGAAUCCGCUGCCGAAGCCGCCGAAGAGCAGCCAGCAGCUGAAGAGUCCAAACCCGCUGAAGCCGCCGAAAAGUCGACCGGCCUCACGCCCUUCUACCUCCCGCACUACGCCUCCCCUUGGCUCUUCAUCCCAGCCUACAUCGAACCCUCCUUCUCAACCUGCUCCGCCAUCUACGUCCGCCACCCCACCGCUCGCCCAGGGUACUCCGAGAUCCCCACCCCAUACGACGCCGACGGUGCGCUCAUCCGUUACGCUUGGGAGUGGUACGUCCAGCGUCGCCCCCGAGUGAGGAGCAAGAGCCAGCUCGCACGUAUGCCUGAGGAUCGUGCCUUCAAGCUUCGACAGGCCGCUGAGGACGGUAUCCUCAGCAAUGCCCAUACGAAUAAGGCCCAGGAUACGGAGAGGUUGAAGAGGUUGUUGAAGCAGUCGAAGAGGAGGGGAAAGAAGGUUGCUACGGUGUAG